UCGAAGUUCUUGUAACUCAACUCAUAAUAUUUACAAAAUAAAUUUUUGUUUCAUUUACAAUUGUGAUACCAGAAUAACUUUAUAUUCGUGAUAAGGAAAAUCAAAACGUAACACUACAUACUAUUGUAAGAGUAAUACUAAUAAUGAUUAAGUUCUGGAAGAGUGCUGCAAAAGGUAAAACUGGGUGUCCUGUUCGACCUCCUGAAAAUAAAUGUGACUCAGAUGUUCAAAGCAGUGGUUCCAGUCUCAAAUUAGAAAAUAAUAUCGAUGGUUACAAAUACAUUUUUGAAAAGAAAUCAAAGUUGAGCCUUAAUAUGAAUGAUAUACUGAAAAACAAAAGUUUUGUCAAAAAUUUUAUGCUGUUUAUGGAUUCGCUAGGUAAACAGAACAUUAUAAAAUGCUGGCUGGAACUGGAAAAUUUAAGACUAAGACUUAUGACUUCUAUUUCAAAUCAAGAAGAAAAAGAAAAUCAAAACAAACUCAACCACACCAAAAGUUUAGAUGUACAUUGUGCAUGUGUAAAAAGUAACGGGGAUAUUUCAUAUGUGGCCCAACAUUGGAGGACAAGCAUUAGUAAUCUUAAGAAGAGUAAAAGUUUGUGUACUAGAUCUUCUAGUGUUAACUUGAAUGACAAUUCAAUAUGUCAUGUUGAAGACUGCAGUCUUUGUGAGGAUAAACAAUGUGAUGAUUUUACGCAGGAAGCUAUUAGACUAUUUAAGAAAUAUGUAGCUUUAGAAGCACCAUAUCCAUUAGAAUUACCUGAUUCAUUAAGAAAGGUUGUUAUAUCAAAUAUAUGCCAACCAGCGGGGCAGAUACAAGUAGACUGUUUUAAACCUAUUCAAGAAUUUCUGUUCCAUGAGAUGGAGACCACAUAUUAUUCACAGUUUGAAAACAAUUAUUUAUAUACAAAAUGCCAAAUUGAUAUUUUAACUGACGGAUCUAUAAAUCUUCAAGACAUUCUAUAUUGCGAUUUAGUAUUAUUUAAUUUCACAGAGUAUUUAGAGCAAGAGUCAUGCAGUAUAUUACUUGAAUUCCUUAUGGCUGCAAUGCACUUUAGAGACAAUAUGUUAAACGGUAAUAGCGGUCCUGAACAGGCACAAGGUGAUGCUAUUGUAUUAUAUGAGAAGUAUUUUUCCCUUCAAGCUUCCAGCCCAAUAGGCUUUCCUACUGAAAUAAGAUUACAGGUAGAAAGUGACAUUUGUAGGGAGGAAGGCCCUGUUUUUACUUGUUUUGACAUUCCCUAUAUUAUUAUCUAUAAGACUUUAAGUAACUAUGUUAAAACAUUUUUAGAAUCAGAUCUAUACUAUACAUAUUUAUCAGAAAUGGUUAAAUCUAUUGAACAUGCAUGCUCUACGGGCUGUAAAUCUAAUUCUGAUUGUAGCAGUGAAUAUAGCAUGAGUACACAAAAUACUUUAUUAGCUAUGGGUGAUCCUCUCUAUAAAAAACGGCGUAACCGCUCUGUACCUGAUAUGACCAUUGAUUCUAACCAACUCUAUAAUGGUGAUGCUUUAUGGCAGAGGAAAAAACACGAUGGGUUGAGUCUUGGUAGAAUAAAUAGCUUAGGACGGUUUGAAUCAAAAUUGGAGCCCGAUCCGGACAAAAAAGACAACUCAAUACUUAAGAGGGUAGUUCGUAAGUUUGUGCCAACGAAUACAUUAAGAGUUGAAGAAGAGAUGGCUUGGCAAAUAGCUCAUAUGAUUGUUAAAGAUGUGACUGAUUUAACCAUGGCCCCACCUGACAAUGACAAUGAAGAGUAAUGUGUGAUAGAUAGAUAAGAUAAUAUUAAAUUAUAAUAUAAAUAUGUAAAUAAUUGUAUAUUGUUAUAAUAUGAACAGGAAUAAAUUCUCCACUAUUAUAGACAGA